AUGCAGAGAAACAACUUUUACUUUAUGGAUAAGGAGAACCAUAACUUUGGCGAACUUGGAAAUGGUACAUGCAACAGUAUGAUCUGCAAUAAUGUGGAUGCUUGUUUAAGAUUAAAUGAUCUAGUCCUCCAGAGCAUAACCAUUUUUAUCUGCACAGUUGGACUAGUGGAAACUGGAGUUGUCAUCUGGUUUCUUAGCCUUGGCAUCCAGAAAGUUAAUAGUGUCACCACCUACUUCUUGAACUUGGCUGUAGCAGACUUCGGCAUCCUGACCUUUUUGCUUGUUUUUGCUAUCCAUUCUGUCCAUGAAUAUCUUCAGGAAAUCCCUGCAUACCCCUUACCGCUAAAGACAGCAGCAUUUUAUCUCUUCUUCUUGGCAUAUACAACAGCCUUGUAUCUCCUAACAGUUGUCAGUAUGGAAAGGCUUCUGAUAGUCUACUUUCCAAUCUGGUACCAUAGUCACCGGCCAAAACAGACUUCAGCUAUCGUGUCCUGCAUGAUCUGGGCUGUGUCUGGUUUGUUGUCUGGAACAAUUGUUUUACUUCAUUAUUUUUGGUCAUAUGAAAGCUCUAUCAACAUGAUCAGGAUCAUCUGCAGUGGAAACUUUGUUGUCGUUACUCUCCUUGUGACUGUCUCUACUGUCACCCGGUUCAUCAAGAUCUGCUCACAGAAAAAUGCACCAAAAUGUAUUUAUGUUACAGUUCCACUCCCUUUAAUUUGUUUCAUCCUCUUUGCCAUUCCAAUUAGCCUCUUUUACUUCAUAGAAUACUUAGGCUAUAGUCCCCCUUCUAGGAUAAUGUUGAUUUGCUUUCUCCUUGCUUCAUUCAACAGCACUAUGAAUCCUGUAAUUUAUUAUGUCAUUGGAGGCCAAUGGAAGCGCUGGGGAUGGAAGAGAACUACAGGCUGUGUUCCAAAAUGCCUUGCACCUCUCUGAAUAUUGUAGUAUGAAAGAUCCCAGUAGCCUUGGAUAGAAUAGAUAAUGGUGUUA